AUGCAUUCUUCUUGGGUUCUUUUGUUAGCUUUUCUUCCUGUUUUUAUAACUUUUUCGUGGCCAGCUUCUGCAGAAGUGGCUAGCCAGAAUUUUGUUCAAUGUCUUUCUCGUUCUUCUCUAAACCCGGAUACAACUUCUAGUGUCACAUUCACCCCGAGUAACUCUUCCUUUACGUCGAUUCUAAAUGCCCGAAUAGACAACUUGUUGUUCGCCACACCAGCAACACCGAAACCUCAAGUCAUUGUCACACCCGCUCAAGAAUCGCAGAUCCAAGCUGCGAUUCUGUGCGCACGUAAAAACGCCUUGUCGAUCAGGUUCCGAGGAGGCGGUCAUGACUUCGAGGGCCAAUCAUAUCGAGCAACAGAGCCUUUCGUGUUGCUCGAUAUGAUUAAUUUUCGACAAGUGAAUAUCGACUUAACAAGUUCAACCGCGUGGGUUGGCGCGGGCCUAACACUAGGCGAACUUUACUACCGAAUUUCGGAGAAGAGUUCGACACUCGGAUUUCCUGCUGGCCUUUGGUCUACAGUUGGCGUCAGCGGAUUUCUCGGAGGAGGAGGCUACGGCAUGAUGAAACGAAAGUAUGGUCUUGCUGCGGAUAACACGCUUGAUGCUCGUUUCAUCGAUGUAAAUGGCCAAAUUCACAAUAGGAAAUCGAUGGGAGAAGAUUUGUUUUGGGCUAUUCGGGGAGGUGGAGUGUCUAGUUUCGGAAUUGUUGUUUCCUGGAAAAUACAACUUGUUCCUGUCCCCGAAACCGUGACGAUUUUUGCAGCUGCGAGAACAUUGGAACAGAACGGGGCAGAGCUUUUUCGACGCUGGCAAUCAGUGGCUCCGAAUUUCGACGAAAGAGAUCUUGACGUUCGAAGUGUAGUUGACACAUUACUAAGCAAUUCGAGUGCUCGCGAAGAUAAGAAAACAGUACGGUUCGUAUUUCAAUCCUUGUUUCUUGGUAAAAUUGAUAGACUGCUUCCGAUCAUGCAAAAGGAAUUUCCCGAAUUAGGCUUGGUUAGAGAAGAUUGCGUCGAGCUGAGUUGGAUUCGGUCUGCCCCAUUCUUCUCAAAUUUCACACUCGGAACGCCUCCAGAAAUCCUGCUGGACAGGAACGCGAUUCCACGGAGUGCUUACAAGGGAAAAUCAGGGUUCGUGAGGGUGCCGAUUUCUGCACAAGGCCUCACCGGCGUCUGGGACAGGAUGCUACGGCUUCCUGUUCAGACAGCAGUUCUGCAAUUUACGCCAUUUGGAGGGAAAAUGGAUGAAUAUACGGAGUCCUCACUUCCAUUUCCACAUCGUCCUGGUGUCUUGUACAUGUACAACCUUGGAAUCAAUCUCGACGAGGAUGCUACAGAACGCCUCAACUGGAUCGAUGAAUUGUUCAUCUACUAUGCACCUUAUGGUACGAAUAGUCCAAGGACUUCGUACGUGAAUUAUCUUGAUCUUGAUAUUGGACAAGGUAGUCGGACUUAUGCAGAAGCAAGCGUCUGGGGCAGAAAAUAUUUUGGUAACAAUUUCGACAGAUUGCUGAGAGUGAAGGCUGCUGUUGAUCCUGCAAAUUUCUUCAGGCAUGGCCAAAGUAUUCCUGUUUUUCGCAAAUGAUCAUUCAUAUGUGUAGUGUGUUUGUUUCCUUCAGCAUGUGGCAGAUUGAAAUCUACCUUCUGCACUAGCAUGAAUGAAUGCAUAAUAAAUCUUCCACCAACAAA